AUGGUUCAUUUAAAAUUCUUUCCACAUUCCAAUCCGAUCAAACACUUUGAAAUACCUUGUGCAGUAUUGCCAAAAAUUACUUGCAAAUUACCACAAGUAAAAAUUAACGUAAGACAGCUACGUCUGCCUACUGAUAUUAUUCUAACCAAUCCAGAAUUUAACAUACCAUCGGAGAUUCACAUUCUAGUUGGGGCCGAUUUAUAUUACAAACUUCUUACACCAGGUAUCAUAGAUCUCGGUAAAAAAUUACCUAGUUUACAAAAUACUAGCUUAGGCUGGAUAAUUGCUGGAACUAUUCCAAACAGUGCUUCUUUUAAGUCCGUGAAUAUUCAAAAUAAUGAUUCCGUGUUUACAAGCUGUAAUCAUAUUUCUAUAUCGAACAAAGACCUAAGUUCAUCUCUUUCUAAAUUUUGGGAACAGGAGGAAAUUCCUUCUAAGAGUAUUCUCUCGUCUGACAAGGAACUAGCGGAAACUAUUUUUCAAAAUUCCACACAAAUUCUGGAAAACGGCAGGUUCCAAGUCAAUUUCCCGUUGAAAUCUGAAAAAGAACACCAUAAACUCGGUGAAUCAUUUCUGAUCGCUAAAAGGCGAUUUCUCUCGCUCGAAAAUAGAAUCCAUAAAAAACCAGAAUUAUUUUCUGAAUAUAGUAAAUUUAUUUCUGAAUAUGUAAACUUGGGACAUGCAAAAUAUGUCACUCUUAACCUCACUAAUUCAAAAAACGAAUUAAAAUAUUUUAUCCCACACUUAUGCGUAAUUCGUGAACAAAGUAUAUCUACAAAACUUCGUGUUGUCUUUGAUUCUAGUUGCCCUACCUCAACAGGUGUUUCUUUAAAUGAUAUAACUUUGAAAGGGUACCGGGUGCAACCAGAUCUAUUCGAUAUUCUUUGCCGUUUCAGGCUAAAUAAGUUUGCGAUAACUUCUGACGUACAAAAAAUGUUUCGUCAAAUUUCUAUAAACACAGAACAUCGUUUUUUACAAAAUAUAUUAUGGCGAGAAAAUCCUCAACAACCCCUGCAGUGCAUUGAGUUAUCAACUCUAACUUAUGGUUGCAAUUUCUCUCCGUUUGUAGCGACAAGAGUAUUGCAAGAGAUUGCAAAUAAUAAUAGUUCCAAUUUCUCUUUAGCGGCAAACGCCCUCAUAUCCGAAACUUACAUGGAUGAUAUAAUUUCAGGUACAAAUUCUGAACAUGAAUUGAUAAAAUUAAUUCAAGAAUUAAAAAUUGUAUUAGGAAAUCACGGGUUCAAUUUACAUAAGUGGGUCUCAAAUAACUCAAACGUUCUCGCUGAAAUUUCUGAUUCAAACAAUUCUUCCUUCUUACAAAAUCCUGAAAAAUGCAUUAGUCUUGAUUUAGAAAAUUCUCAAAAUAAAGUUCUAGGCCUAAAUUGGAUCCCAGCUUCUGAUAAUUUGAACAUUUCUGGCCCCACUACCUUUUCAAUAUUCCCCGCAACCAAGAGAAAAAUUCUCUCAACCAUAUCGCGAUGUUUCGAUCCUCUUGGACUUUAUAAUCCCAUAAUAUUGUCUGGAAAACUUUUGGUCAAACAAUUAUGGCAAGCUAAACUUGACUGGGACACAGAGAUAUCAGAUCCAGUCAUACUGGAAAAAUGGCAUACAUUCGUAAACAAUCUUCCUAAGCUAUCUCAAUUAACUAUUCCAAGAUUCAUUUUUUUGGACAAAUCUAUCAAUCUCAUCGAAAUGCAUGGUUUCUCAGACGCGAGUCUGAAAGCUUUUGGCGCAUGCGUGUAUUUACGAACCAUUUAUUCUGACAAUUCUGUUUCCUGUAAUUUAAUUUCGGCAAAAUCGCAUGUAUCCCCCGUUUCUACCACAAUUACACUUCCUCGGCUAGAAUUAUCAGCCAUGCUCCUACUGUCUAAUUUAGUGGACAAAAUUUAUAAAAACUUUCAAACAAAGAUUAAUAUUAUUUCUGUAAAUCUCUGGUCCGACAGCCAGAUCGCUUUAUGCUGGCGUAAUGGUGAACCCAGCCGUUGGACAGUAUUUGUAGGCAACAGAGUUGCUAAAAUUCAAGCCUAA